AUGGACUCAUCUGAGGAAGAAGGAAAUAAUCCGGAAUCUCUUCCUCCUCCGCCACCUUUGCUUACUGAUGUGGUUUCGGUCAAAGUAGAAUUUGAUACUGCUAACAAGAAACUUGCUCAACUACCUAUGGCCAGGUAUGGUAUUGGAUCUAAGGGGACAAAGGUCACAAAUCAUUCUGAUAGGAAUUUCUUCCAUAACUGUGUCUCUCUUUUCUAUGAAGAUGGUCGCCCAGUUGAUGGUAAAGGUGUUGGAAGAAAAGUGAUUGACAAAGUGCAGGAGACCUACAGUAGUGAGUUGGCGGGAAAGAACUUUGCAUAUGACGGGGAAAAGAGUUUAUUUACUAUCGGUGCUCUCCCAAAUAAUAAACUCGAGUUCAUUGUCGUACUUGAGGAUGCUACAUCUAAAAGAAACAAUGGGAAUGCAAGAUCUGAUGGAAAUGGCAACCCAAAUGAGCGCCAAAAAAGGAAAUUAAAAGUGGAAAUAAGCUUUGUUGCAAAGAUUCCAAUGCAAUCAAUUCAAAGUGCUCUGCGUGGACAGGAAUCUGAGAACUCACACGAAGCACUGAGGGUGCUUGAUAACAUACUAAGGCAGCAUGCUGCUAAACAGGGAUGUCUACUUGUUCGCCAGUCUUUCUUUCAUGAUAACCCGAACAAUUUCACAGACAUUGGAGGAGGUGUUCUAGGCUGUAGAGGUUUUCAUUCAAGUUUCAGAGCCUCUCAAGGAGGCCUGUCAAUUAAUAUUGAUGUAUCAACUACAAUGAUAAUUCAACCCGGUGGAGGAGUAGUUGUUUUCUUAAUUGCCAAUCAGAAUGCUAGAGAUCCUUUUCUUUCUAGAUUGGACCAAAGUAAUAAAUAG